CAUUCUUAAAAGGAGUCACAAGAAUCUUGAGGACCAAGAUGAUGAAAUCUUCAUUGAAAUCUGAAAACAUCAGAGUGAGUUAAACAACAACAAAAGCUCCUUCCUGGCUGCCAUGGAGUUUCCUGAAAGAACUUAUCUUGUGAAUGACAAAGCCACCAAGAUGUAUGCCUUCACACAAGACAGUGUGGAACUCCAGCAGAAACCCCUGAAUAAAGAUCAGUGUCCUGGAGAGAAGCCAGAGGAGCUGGAGUCAGGAGCCAUCUAUCACUGCCACAGCAACUCCAAAGCCACUGAGAACAGGACGAAUGAACAAGUCCACGCCAAGUGGAAACUCUGUGCCGCUUCGGCAAUAUGUUUCAUUUUCAUGAUUGCCGAGGUCGUGGGCGGAUACAUCGCUGGAAGUCUUGCUGUCAUCACAGAUGCUGCCCACCUCUUGAUUGACCUGACCAGUUUCCUGCUUAGUCUCUUCUCCUUGUGGUUAUCAUCAAAGCCCCCCUCCAAACGGUUUACAUUUGGAUGGCACCGAGCAGAAAUCCUUGGUGCCCUGCUCUCCAUCCUCUGCAUCUGGGUGGUGACUGGUGUGUUGGUGUAUCUGGCGUGUGAGCGCCUGCUGCACCCUGACUAUGAGAUCCAGGCAAUGGUGAUGAUCAUCGUCUCGGGCUGUGCAGUGGUGGCCAAUGUUCUGCUGAGUGUGGUUUUGCACCAGAGACGCCCUGGCCACAAUCACAAGGAAGCACAAGCUAAUGCCAGUGUCAGAGCAGCUUUUGUGCAUGCACUUGGAGACCUAUUUCAGAGCAUCAGUGUGCUAAUCAGUGCACUUAUCAUCUACUUUAAGCCAGACUUCAAAAUAGCAGACCCAAUCUGUACAUUUGUCUUUUCCAUCCUGGUUUUGGCCAGCACCAUCACUAUCCUAAAGGACUUCUCCAUAUUACUCAUGGAAGGUGUGCCAAAGGGCCUGAGUUACAAUGCGGUGAAAGAGCUUGUCUUAGCGGUUGAUGGGGUGGUGUCUGUGCACAGUCUGCAUAUCUGGUCUCUAACAAUGAACCAAGUGAUUCUCUCAGCUCAUGUUGCUACAGCAGCCAGCUGGGACAGCCAGGUUGUUCAGAGAGAGAUUACUAAAGCCCUCAGCCAUCACUUUACGGUGCACUCCCUCACCAUUCAGAUGGAGACUCCAGCCGACCAGGACCUCGACUGCCUGUUCUGCGAAGACCCCUGGGACUAGCUCGAUCACGCUCUCAGCUUCCCAUGUUUGACAGACCAUCACCUUCUGCUAUGUUGUUUCUCAACACAAGAAAUAAGGAAUCAAAGGAAGAGAUCUGGGAAAUUAUGACACAAUGCAAUGCGCAUUGUAUCCUUCUUUAUUAGCUCCAUUCGCCGUGAAUGAAGAUAAGCAUUUAGAUCCAUCAAUCAAUUGGAUUAUAUACUCAUCAGUGACCACAUUCAAUUACGAGAAUGUGUGUGUAAAUUAUUCCUGACUGGGGCUAAAGUCACAGCUGUUUGUAACCACAGGCAAUAAAAAUAUCAUUUCUCUUCAAUAACACAUCCUGAGAAUGAGUUGAGUUGAAUGUAAAGAGAAUGGUGAAGUUGAGCUCAGGGAACUCUUAUCAAAAGUAUCAAUGGUGGGUGUAAGGAAAUAUAAACUUCCUUCCACACAUAAGAAACAAAAAUAAGUAGAGCCAUGUUAGGAGUAAAAGACAAUUUCAAUGUUUAACUCCCCAUUAGAAAUUGACUACCCAGCAAACUGUCAUAUGAUUUGGGGCAGAUCUUUUUGGCUCCCUGUGUAUCAACAUCUCCAUUCUCUAAAUGGGGUACAAAGCCCUCCUUCAUCCUGCUUAUAAAUUAUGUUGUAAGAUGCCUGAAAUUAUGGAAUUAUUUGUUUUCUCUGGCUGAAAGGCCUGGACAAAUGAAAAAUUAUCCAUUUAGGUUGAACCAUAUGAAAUUGGUGCUCUUUGAGUGUUUUCAUAUAUGGUUUAGCCUAAUAAAAGAAAAUCAGAAGGCAAAGAGAAGCAGAGCAACUUAUCCCAGGUUACAUGGAAAAUAAUUUAGUCAUACAAUUAAGAUAAUAGCUUCCAGAUCUUGAAUAAUAUUUGUGAAGCACCUACUACAAUCCAAGUACUGUACUGGACUAUUUAGAUAUGUAACUUCAUUUCAUUCUAAGGGCAACUUUGUGAAGUUGCAGUCAAUACCAGAUCGUUGUAUAGAUGAGAACAUACGGCUCAGACUGGUUAAGAAACUUGGCCAAUGUCAUCCAAUCAUUGUUUCAAGAAAUAUUUUUUGGUGACGGCUAUGAGCUAAGCGUUAGUGGAAGAAGCAAAUGUGGCCAUUGACCUCAUGAAGCAGGAGAGAUAAGCAUGGCCUUGUUAGAAACACGCUGAAAUCUAGAUCUGUUUUAUCUAUAAGCUCAUUUAUGAGCAUUCUCUUUCUCUUUGAAUACCUUUUUCCCCUGUUUCUUUUUAACCAAGUUGACAUUGACAAUGUCAUUAUUCCAGAAGUGCAUGCAAAAGACGAAUCUGUAUUCUUCAAAAGAUGGGGAUGAAUGAAUUGCUGAGUUUAAAAGUAAAGGACCGACAAUGCUUCCUUGAGGUAUCCUGCAAUAGUUACUGAAUUUGUAUCUUCUCUACACAAGAGUCUGGCCAAUGAAAGAGGAAGCCUGAAUUAAUUGAAAUGGUUGUGAAGUUACCUGUUAAAGGCCUUACUCCAAAGAAACUGAGUCAUGUCAGUGGCAAUGGGGGUACUAAAAGGAGGAUAUGUGAAUGGCAUGGUGGGAAUAGCAAACUCUGUGGCAGAGGAAUGAACAUAAGAAAGAAUUAGAGAUCACAAUUUCAAACCCUUUCUGCUUUUUUCCAUCUCUGUGACCUUGAGUCAGUACUCAGUCUCUCUGACCUUCACGUUCCUUCUCUGAAAAUGGGGAUUCUAUUUUCAUUAAAAGAUAUCUUUUAGAAUUAAAUGGAAUAAUAAAU